AUGACGGAUAACGAGUAUAAUUCGUCGGGAAACGAGUAUCGGCAUUCGGAAACAAGUUUUUCCGGCUUUUCUGGGGUUGAUUUAGAAGAUUAUGGCGGUGAUGGAAUUGAUUACAGCGAUUGGUUUAAGCUAGAUCAUGGGUUUGAUAGUGAUGUUGAAGCAAUUACUUGGGCUAAGAGUACUGCUAUAAAGAUUGGAUUUGAAUUAGUCAUUUCGUCACAUAAGAACGAGGGGAAAAAGAAGCUUCUACGAUGUGCUCGGGGUGAGCGUUACAGAGGUUCAUUCACAGAUUCUGAUUCCUUCGUACGGAAAAAUACGAAGACAAAAGCGUGUAAGUGCAAAUUUAAAAUUAUUGUCAAAUUAGGAAAGACUGCAUGGUUUAUACUUACAGAUCCUGGUAUUUCGAGUACACACAACCAUGCUCUAGCUGUGUAUCCUGAAGGAUACCGUCAGAUGAGUGGGCUGAGUGGCGAGGCCAAAGAAAUUGUGCGAGAUAUGACUGCGGCACAAGCGAAGCCGUGUUCUAUCAUGGCAGCUUUAAAAGAAAAAGUACCAUCUGACAACCCUAGAAUAAAGCAAGUGUACAACUAUAGAGAGACUUUGAGAAAGUCUAGCUUUGAGGGUAGAGAUGUGGUUGGGCAAUUUUAUCACAUGGCUCAGCAAAAUGAUUAUGUACACUGGACUCUUGCUGAGGAGGAUACAGGUGUGUUGACCCAUAUUUUCAUGGCUCAUCCUGAUUCAGUGAGACUACUUCGUACGUACUACUGGAUCAUCGGCAUGGACUCCACGUACAAGACGAACAAGUACAAGCUGCCUUUUUUGGAGAUUAUUGGAAUGACUCCUUGCAACAAGAACUUCAUAAUUGCAUAUGCAAUUAUGAAGGAUGAGACUGAAGGGAGCUACAGAUGGGUGCUUGAUUGGGGAACAUAUUCAUCCGAGCGCUAUUCUUACUGA